CAGCUGGGAUAAGGAGUCUCAAGGCGAGGUAGGAAAAAUUUAAGAGCCAGAGGGAACGUCCCUUCUCAGAGGAGACAGCAGAAAUGGGGAGUGGCAUCAGUGCCGAGGACAAAGAACUUGCCAAGAGGUCCAGGGAGUUGGAGAAGAAGCUGCAGGAGGAUGCUGACAAGGAAGCCAAGACUGUCAAGCUGCUGUUGCUCGGUGCGGGCGAGUCAGGGAAGAGCACCAUCGUCAAACAGAUGAAAAUCAUUCACCAAGAUGGCUACUCACCUGAAGAAUGCCUAGAGUUCAAGUCUGUCAUCUAUGGGAAUGUGUUGCAGUCCAUCCUGGCCAUCAUCAGAGCCAUGUCCACACUAGGCAUUGACUACGCAGAGCCAAGCUGUGCGGAUGCCGGGAGACAGCUCAACAACCUGGCUGACUCCACCGAGGAGGGGACCAUGCCUCCUGAGCUGGUGGACGUCAUCAGAAAGUUGUGGAAGGACGGUGGAGUUCAAGCCUGCUUUGACAGAGCUGCAGAGUUCCAGCUCAAUGACUCAGCAUCUUACUACCUGAACCAGCUGGACCGGAUUACAGACCCUAACUACCUCCCUAAUGAGCAAGAUGUGCUUCGAUCCAGAGUCAAGACAACAGGCAUCAUCGAGACCAAGUUUUCUGUUAAAGAUUUGAAUUUUAGGAUGUUUGAUGUGGGCGGGCAGAGAUCAGAGAGGAAGAAAUGGAUCCACUGCUUUGAGGGAGUCACCUGCAUCAUCUUCUGUGCGGCCCUCAGUGCCUACGACAUGGUGCUGGUGGAGGAUGAUGAAGUGAAUCGCAUGCAUGAGUCUUUGCAUCUGUUCAACAGCAUCUGUAACCACAAGUUCUUUGCGGCUAUGUCCAUCGUUCUCUUUCUCAACAAGAAGGACCUCUUCGAGGAAAAAAUUAAGAAAGUCCACCUUAGUAUCUGCUUUCCAGAGUAUGACGGAAACAACUCUUAUGAGGAUGCUGGGAAUUAUAUCAAGAGUCAGUUCCUUGACCUCAACAUGAGAAAAGAUGUCAAGGAAAUCUACAGUCACAUGACCUGUGCUACAGACACACAGAACGUCAAAUUCGUGUUCGAUGCAGUUACUGACAUUAUCAUCAAAGAAAACCUCAAGGACUGUGGGCUCUUUUAAUGCUCAGUUCCUCAAAUAUACAUUCUAUAAGCAAGCUUAGGAUCUGAGGCUUCAUGCAGAAAAUUAGUCAGCAUGUACCAGAACGUGUCAAAUAAGCCCAUCCUGUUGGUGACAGAGAAAGCAUGCUCACAACUGUUAGCAGUAUGGCCAGUACACUGUAAAGAAGGCACGGCCAGCGACCCUAAAGCCCAGGUUCCAGUACUGGUUCUGCUUAGUACAAGAACAGAAAUGCUUCAAGUCCCUGUCUAUAUGAUGAAGGUAACUUCCCCGCCUACUUCACAGGGUCACUCUGAAGAGCACAGACCUAAUGAAGAGGAGGCACAGGGUAGCUGGCUGCUGUGGCUGGCCACAGAAAGCAGCCAUGGCAGCUGCCACUGAGGGACUAUCAUACUUGGUUAUUAGAAGAAACCAUCCCAAAGCCUAGCAGCAAGCCUUCCUUACACUGAGCGAUAAAGUAUUAAAAAUUAAACCUGCCCCUGUGUGCUUACUGGUCCUAUGUAUAGCCUCAGCUCAGAGACCCAGAUUAUGGGAGAGAAGAUGCGAGCCUGCUUAUUUCUAAGGAACUCACUCAAAAAUGAUCAUCUUUAUUAAAAACAAUUUUCCCUCUCC